CCUCAUCUUCUUCAAUAUUGUGAUCUGGGUUCGAUCUCGAGCGACAGGAUGUGGCAUCGUCCGUCGGACGGGAAGGAUGGGGACUUGGAGGCCGGGCCGCGGCUGCUCUACCCGAUGAUGCUGGAGAGUCCCGACCUCCGGUGGGCGUUCAUCAGGAAGAUCUACGUGAUCCUGACCGCCCAGAUGGCGCUCACCGUCGCCGUUGCCUCCGUCGUCGUCACCGUCCGACCCAUCUCACACUUCUUUGUCUCUUCCGGAGCCGGCCUCGGCCUCUACAUCUUUCUCUUGAUUCUCCCCUUCAUUGUUUUAUGUCCUCUGUAUUACUAUCACCAGCGGCAUCCGGUGAAUUUCCUUCUCCUCGGUUUGUUCACGGCGUCGAUAAGCUUCGCUGUUGGAUUGACAUGCGCGUUCACAAGUGGGAAGGUCAUUUUGGAAGCUGCUAUUCUCACCACAGCGGUGGUCGUUAGUCUUACUCUAUACACAUUCUGGGCAGCAAGGAGAGGCCAUGACUUCAACUUCCUUGGCCCCUUCCUGUUUGCUGCUGUUUUGGUAUUGUUGGUGUUUGCUGUCAUUCAGAUGUUAUUCCCACUGGGAAAGAUUUCUGUCAUGAUAUAUGGUGGGUUGGCGGCAAUCAUUUUCUCUGGAUACAUCAUUUACGACACUGACAACUUGAUCAAACGCUAUUCAUAUGAUGAAUACAUAUGGGCUGCUGUUGCGCUGUAUCUUGACAUCAUCAACCUGUUUCUUUCUCUGCUUACUUUAUUCCGAGCAGCUGAUAGUUGAAAUAUACACAGUUAGCUGACCAAGCAUGUAAUAUCGAAUUAACAUUUGCUAUGUAUGAAUUCA